GAUUGGCGAUGAGCUCUGGACCAAUCGCAGGGGUUGUUGUUAGGCAGUCCGGGGGAGCCGGUCCCUAAGGAGGAAGGUGGCAAGAUGGUGUUGGAAAGCACUAUGGUUUGUGUGGACAACAGUGAGUACAUGCGCAAUGGGGACUUCCUACCUACCCGGCUGCAGGCCCAACAGGACGCUGUCAACAUAGUGUGUCACUCAAAGACCCGCAGCAACCCUGAGAACAACGUGGGCCUCAUCACACUGGCCAAUGACUGUGAAGUGCUGACCACACUCACCCCUGACACUGGCCGCAUCCUGUCCAAGCUCCACACUGUCCAACCCAAGGGCAAGAUCACCUUCUGCACUGGUAUCCGCGUGGCCCAUCUGGCUCUGAAGCACCGACAGGGCAAGAAUCACAAGAUGCGCAUCAUCGCUUUUGUGGGAAGCCCCGUGGAGGACAAUGAGAAGGAUCUGGUAAAACUGGCUAAACGCCUCAAGAAGGAGAAAGUAAAUGUUGACAUCAUCAAUUUUGGGGAAGAGGAGGUGAACACAGAAAAGCUGACAGCCUUUGUAAACACAUUAAAUGGCAAAGAUGGAACUGGUUCUCAUCUGGUGACAGUGCCUCCUGGGCCCAGCUUGGCUGAUGCUCUCAUCAGUUCUCCCAUCCUGGCUGGUGAAGGUGGUGCCAUGCUGGGUCUUGGUGCCAGUGACUUUGAAUUUGGAGUGGAUCCCAGUGCUGAUCCUGAGCUGGCUCUGGCCCUUCGUGUUUCUAUGGAAGAGCAGCGGCAACGGCAGGAGGAGGAAGCACGGAGGGCAGCUGCAGCCUCUGCUGCUGAAGCUGGGAUUGCUGCAACUGGGACUGAAGGUGAAAGAGACUCAGACGAUGCCCUGCUGAAGAUGACCAUCAGCCAGCAAGAGUUUGGCCGCACCGGGCUCCCUGACCUAAGCAGUAUGACUGAGGAAGAGCAGAUUGCUUAUGCCAUGCAGAUGUCCCUGCAGGGAGCAGAGUUUGGCCAGGCAGAAUCAGCAGACAUUGAUGCCAGCUCAGCCAUGGACACAUCUGAGCCAGCUAAGGAGGAGGAUGAUUAUGAUGUGAUGCAGGACCCCGAGUUCCUUCAGAGUGUCCUAGAGAACCUUCCAGGUGUGGAUCCCAACAAUGAAGCCAUUCGAAAUGCCAUGGGCUCCCUGGCCUCCCAAGCUACCAAGGAUGGCAAGAAGGACAAGAAGGAGGAGGAUAAGAAGUGAGACUGGAGAGAAAGGGUAGCUGAGCCUGCUCAGGGGACUGCACUAGGGGGAUGGGACACAAGGAUAGAUAUGUUAUCUGUAACCUUACAAUCUAAAUAAAGCGUGGCAACUUUUUUUUCUUUUUUGCUUCAAA